CUCUUACAUACUUCAUCAUUUGCACUAGAUCCCCCUGCCCUACAGCUGGAAUAGAGCCGGAAAGUGACUUUCCGAUAUCGGUGAGCCAAAACAGCGUGAAGCAGCCCGUCGGACAUGGAACUGUUGUAACUUGGCUCCCGUUGCGAGAGCGCUAUUGGAGUCACCCGUCAUAAUGGAUCUAGGAGCGCUAUUUGAUUAUGAUUUAUCUUCAUUUGACGAAGCGCUUCUUUGAAACUGAGCGAUUCCAUUGUGUGAAUUUGGACUAAAUCACCAAAAAGCUUAUUUCGCUAUUGAACGACGCUGCAUGUACUUGAAUACGAAAGGCACUGAAUAUUGUUUCACUGCCUCCGGGAAUGCCACGACGUACGGUAAUGGCUAUAAAACAUGGCAGAGCCUUAAUCAACAGCAUGUUUCGAUAUGGUAGCGGCCGCGGCCUAAAGUGCAACGCGCCCAAGGAGGACCCGUAACUGUGAACUUUUGACCUCUAUAGAUCGUUAUUGGGCGACGAGUGCGCUUAGAUAUGAACGUCGCAAGGAUGCGUUCUCGGUGUACUACUCGAUUUAUCGUUUUAAGGCCUAUGGCUUUAUUUAUGAUACUGUAUCAGAUCGUAUUUGUAUCUGCAUUAAUCGGAUGGACCAAUUCAACAAAUUACGAUCAUAACGUGCUUACACCAGGAAUUGUCAAGACGUACCGGCGACUUCCAUCGUACUUUAUCAAAAUGCUACCACAUUUUGACAACAGCACAGCUUCAGAGGUUGUUGCCAACACUGGAAAAGACGUUUUUUUGCCUUGUAGUGUUCGUCACCUCGGUGACAGGACGGUAUCCUGGAUCCGAAGACUUUCUUCUGGCACACUCAACGUUCUCACCGUUGGCCGGCACACGUAUACAAUGGAGUCACGGGUUCAGUCUGCUCAUAUCGAUAAUUUCGAGUCGUGGAACUUACAAAUUCGAGACGUCCGUCCUGAGGAUGCCGGCGUCUACGAAUGCCAGGUCAGCACGACGCCAAAGAUCAGUCGAUUUGUCACGCUUCGGGUAGUUGAAAGCCGGGCUACAAUCAUCGGUGGUCCUUUAUUGUAUGUGAACGGAGGGUCUGUGCUACGGUUAACUUGUCUCGUGGACGGUGCAUUAUCGUCAGUGUUACUCGCCACACCCGCGCCAACCAGUUCAUUGUCGUCAUCAACAACAUCAUCGUCACCCUUCACGUCGUCAAGGUCAUCAGGGCAAACUGAGUUUAUAUUCUGGUCCCGCAACGGCAAAUUGCUCAAUUACGAUCAGGAUCAACGACAAAAGGUUACCGUUAUGCUACCACCCUCAGCUAAAACUGACCAGAUCAGCGGCACUAAAGAGGUCAACCAAGCUGACUCUGAAAGACGCCGGCUCGAAAGUCGCCUCGAAAUCUUCUCCGUGGGUCCCGCUGAUUCUGGUAAUUACACUUGUCAGCCAUCGCACUCAGGACCAGAUGUCAUACAGGUGUUUGUGAUAGUUAAUAGUGAGUAUCCAUCAAUAAAUACCUAAUGUCUAAUACUCGAUAACCUUGUUAGUAAGGCAUGUGAAACUACCCCAUAGCAUUUUAAUGAUUUAUCUAGAGCUUAAACAAGAUUAUGAAAUGGAUAUCACGUAUAUAUAAUAAGACAAACACAGAUCCACAAAUGUUCGCCACCUUUAGUGCGAGGUUCUAUCGCACGUUCUCACUUCGAAGUAUUUAAGGUUCCUAAAGAAAAUAUGCCCCUGCUUUGUUUACGAAUGCCGCCAUGAAGGGUGGUCAGUAGAAAGGAAAUGGAAAAUAUUAAAAUGUUAAUGAAUAUUGGCAAUUUCCUUUGCAAUGGAUCCCAACGAUGGCUUCCACUCCAUGACUUG